AUGCCCUCAACCACCCAAAGAAAAAUUCAAAGAAAAUAUAUUGUUCGCGCCACUCGAAACGCCGCUUCGAUGGCCCCUAUCUUGAAGGCGCAAAAGCCACGCACACGGAAUUUAAGACUGCCCGUUCAUGAUGUCGCUAAAACCGCGAAUCUCACUUCGAAAGUGAAGAUCAAACCGGAGAAGAAAAUCGCACAUUACAAAAAAUUUACUACGAGCUCCCCCUUCCCCGGUUUCAAACGUCCAUCUCCACAAGAGUGUCGGGAGGCACAUCGUAUCCUAUCAGCGUCUCAUGGAGAACGUGACCCUACCGCCACGACUGUGAUGAAUGCUGAUGGAAUGGAUCGUCCUACCGUCUUCGCAGAUCCGUUGGAUGGGCUUGUUUACGCCAUAUUAUGCCAAGCCACCAAUGAGCGCAACGCAAUUCGACAGGUCCAGGCCAUGAUCGAGGAAUACGGGUCAUGGACCGAUUACCACGCUAUCAGCGAGAGGGGCGAGAGCAAGCUUCAAGAUGCACUCUCCUGCGGUGGCCUUCAUGUUAGGAAGGCUAAAUUCAUCAUGUCUCUCCUACGACAAGUCAAAAGUAGACAUGGUGUCUAUAGCUUGAAUCAUCUCUGGCCGCUUGAAGAUGAACAGGUGAUGGAGGAGUUCCUUAGCUAUAACGGGGUCGGUCCUAAGACGGCUAGUUGUGUGAUUGCUUUGACUUUGAAUAGGCAGAAGUUCGUCGUGGACACACAUAUCUAUCGUAUCACUGGCUUUCUGGGAUGGAGGCCAAUACAUGCAACGCCGGAACAAGCUCGUGCACACCUUGAAAGGAAGAUACCCGAUGAGUUCAAGUAUUCUCUUCAUCUGUUGUUUAUCACACAUGGACGGGAGUGUCCUGAAUGCAAGGCCGGGUCCAAGUCAACAGGGAGUUGUCGUCUUCGGAAAGCGUUUCGUGACCUCAUGCCAGAUUCAGCAAGCUAG